AGAGUUAGAAGACAUGAGUGGAGCUGGGCUUAAGGAUGAAAGGGAAGGGGAGGGUCGGUAAGGAAGAUCGGAGGAGGACGCGGCUUACUUUAGAAUGGAGAUGGGAAGGACUGGGGGGAGGGGGUCCAGGAAGCGGGGGACAGAGCUGCUGGAGGAGAGCUGGAGCCACUGCGAAGGCAGAAAGGGUCUCAGGGGUCUGGAAAGGCAUCCUGGAAUGUGAAGAUGGGGAAUGUGAAGUGCAGGUUGGGAGUCAAAAUGAGAUGCUCAUACGGAUGAGGAAAGAGGCAUAUUUGGGGAAAGAUCAGAGGUGAUGGGAGGGGUAAUACCCCAUCCGUGGAGGUGAGAGAGCUGAGGGCUGGCAGGCGCUGAGGAGACCUUCUUUCUCAGGACGAGGACCCAGCUUGAUCGGUCGCCAGCCUUCAGCAGGGAAGAAAGAUGUCAGAUGAAGACGAUCUGGAAGAUUUUGAGCCAGACCAGGAUGAUCUGGAAAGGGAGGAAGAUGAGAAGGAUGCAGAAGAUUGGGAAGAUGACAGGAAAGAGGAGGAAGACGUAUCAGAGGAAUGGAUGCCGACCCCCCUCACCGAGGACAUGAUGAAGGAAGGGCUUUCUUUGCUCUGUAAGACCGGCAAUGGAUUGGCCCAUGCUUAUGUCAAGCUGGAGGUUAAAGAGAGAGAACUGACGGACAUCCAGUUGCUGCGCUCCUACAUCCACCUGCGUUACGUGGAUAUUUCUGAGAACCAUCUGACGGACGUGUCCGCACUCAAUCACCUCACCCACCUGCUCUGGCUCAAGGCUGACGGCAACCGGCUGCGGAGUGCCCAGCUGAACGAACUGCCUUACCUGCAGAUCGCCAGUUUUGCCUACAACCAGAUCAUGGACACGGAGGGCAUCUGUCAUCCUCGUCUGGGCAUCCUGAAUCUCAAAGGGAACCACAUCCGCUCGGUGACAGGUAUGGACCCCGAAAGGCUGAUCAGCCUGCACACACUGGAGCUUCGAGGGAACCAACUGGAAAGCACAGUGGGGAUCAACCUUCCUACGCUGAAGAACCUCUUCCUGGCCCAGAAUAUGUUGAAGAAGGUGGAAGGCUUGGAGCACCUAAAGAAUCUCACUACCUUGCAUCUUAGAGACAACCAGAUUGACACUCUGAGUGGCUUCUCCGAGGGAAUGAAAUCACUGCAGUACCUCAACCUGAGGGCCAACAUGGUAUCCAACCUGCAGGAGCUCGCCAAGCUUCAGAACCUGCCCAAGCUCCGAGCCUUGGUGCUGCUGGACAACCCGUGUACAGAUGAGAGUGACUACCGCCAGGAGGCCCUGGUGCAUAUACCACAACUGGAACGCCUGGACAAGGAAUUCUUUGAGGAGGAGGACCGAGCCGAGGCCAAUGAGAUUCGUCAGAGGAUGAAGGAGGAGCAGGAGCAGGAUGCUGAGACUGAGCAAGACACAGGGCCGGACCAGCCAUAGACGUAGCAGCGGUUCUUCUCGUCUUCGUCUUCCCUGAUAGGGAUCAAAGACACUGGCUCCCAGACCUGAGGUUGGCAGGGUCCACCACAGGCACGCCCGCCCCAUCCGGAGACAGAGGCUGACCUCUCGCCCCGACCUGUGGGUUCAUCACAGCCUGCCGCCCAGGCUCUGUGUGGGCAGCUGGGCAGAGGGGUGGGUGGGCUCGAGCGCUGCCUGGAGCCUAGAAGUGGGCAUCCUUCAGGCAGAUCCGGUUGCCUGCGGAGACGGGCUGGGGUGUGUAGGAACAGCCCGGUUUCGAAUAAAGAGAUAUUUUGAUA